UCGGAGUGAGGCCUCCAGUCAAUAGUCGCUGUAUAUACGUAGACCUAUUGUUACGCAUUGAAUCCUACUUCCUACCUACUGAUCUGGUUCCCUGAGCUCCCGUGUGACCCUGGGUCCUACGACUUUACAAUUCUAUUGACUCAACCCAUACUCAGCCUACCAGAUCAGGAUGGCGAGCCAGGAAAAGAGGAUUACCCGAGCGACCUCCGGAGGAGCGACUCCAGCGGCAGAAACCAUCGAGGCCAGCCCACCGACUCUGGGCCCUGAAGCCAGCAGCUCCGCGACGAGCAAAGCGGACAGGAUGCCGUCAAAGCUGGCCGCCCUCAAGAAUAGGAUCGAAGAAGAGAGGGCCUACUACAAUACCAUGGAAGAAGCCCUCCAAGUAUUCCGACGAUCGCACGGCGACGACUAUAGCGCCUACCCGGAGGAAGUAAGGGUCUUCGCAGAAAGACAGGUCCGAAUACAAGAAGAAGGACGCCGGAAAAGGCGACACCAAGACAGUGAGGAAGAAUGGGAGGGGACCCCAAACGAGGAGGAACAAGAGACUGCCUCCGUAGUAUCGCGAGAAGCAACCCCGUCAUAUAGGCCUUUCGGCAAGGUCAAGGACCCUAAGGUCUACAAAGGCGAGUCGACACGAGAGCUCAACGAGUUUAUGGCCUCAAUCCGCGCUUCCUUCCGAUACCAGCCAAGAAUGUUCCCAACCGAGCAAUCCAAGGUGGCCUUCACCGCCCAAUACCUUGAGAGCAACCCCAUGAAGGAGUGGGACAACCGCUGCGCCUCGCAAGAGGAAGGGCUCGAGGACCCUUUAGAUAUCGCAGGGUUUGAAGAGUUCCUUCGCGACCUCCAUAUCGACCCAGCCAACCGGCAACGCAUUGCAGCCCUCAAAUACAACGGCGCCCACCAGCGUAAGGGGCAGGGUAUCCGCAAAUUCGUUGCGUACCUCGAGGAAUUGGAGCGGGAAAUGGAGCCCUACACCGAGUCCCAGAGGACCACCCACCUCCUGACGAAGUUACACCCAGAAAUGAGGCAGCGCCUCCUUGAGGGUGGCUACGCCGAGCGUUCCACGACCCACAGGGAGGCUGUUGUCAAUAUCCUAGCCAUGCUGGAAAUGAACAACCGGUGGGUAACCGAGAAGAAUCCUUCUACGGAUAGGCCCAACACAAGGGAGAAUAAGGGAACCCUGCAGGGUGGCUUUCCAGCUCGGAAGGGCCACUUCAAUAGCCACAAGUCGGGCAAUCACCGGGAGCGAACGCCCUUCCAGGAUCGCCGUCGAUCGGACCAACAACCUGCGCGCAAGCCAGCCGACACCCAAGGCGCAAGGCCUACCCAAGUAGGGAACGCCUGUUACAACUGUGGCAGACCAGGCCACUUUGCAAAGGACUGCCGUAGCCAGCACACUGGGCCGGGAGUCCGGAAGCUGGAUACCCAACUCCUCAAGCGGGAGUGACUCCCUACCGAAGCCCUACGCCCUACGCAGGCGAAGAGGAUGGAGAUCGACAUUGAAAUCAAAGUAGGGCCUACCUGGCACAAGGCCAAGGCUCUACUCGAUUCGGGGUCGGACGCGUCAACUAUCCACCCCCUCUUCGCAAAAGAUAAGGGCCUAGAGUGCCGAGACAAGGGCCCACCUCGAGCGAGGGCUGUGGACGGCAAGGAGAUUGCCAUAUACGGAGCGGCGACCGUACAGAUCAAGGCCUGGGACCACUUUCGAAGGGAGACGACCGUAGACCAGACGUUCCUUUCCAUGGAUACCCCUGGUGUGGAUGUUAUCCUUGGAAUGGACUGGAUCGUACAGGUCAACCCCCAGAUCGAUUGGCAGACCCAGAUAUGGCGCUACCCCUUCGAUAUAUCGAAGGCGAUGGAGGUGGGUAUUGAAGAGCUAGACAAAGGCGAUACUGCCUUUGUCCUGGCGUUGACCUCGGAAGGAGCAUUGGAACCCCAAUGCCCAAGGGAGUACGCUGAAUUCGCCGACGUCUUCUCUAAGGAGCGGGCAGAAGACCUACCCGAGCUGGGUAGGAAGACCCACGGUAUCGAUACCAGCAUGCAAGAGCCGCCUUACGGCCCGGUAUACAACCUAUCUGAGACGGAGUUGGCCACACUCCGGGAAUACCUUCAAUCAAGCGAAAGGAAGGGUUGGAUCCAGAGGAGCAUAAGCCCAGCGGGCGCGCCCAUACUGUUCGUACAGAAGAAGGACGGCAGUCUACGCCUCUGCGUGGAUUAUAGGGGUCUGAAUAAGAUCACCGUAAAGAAUAGGCACCCCUUGCCGCUGAUCACAGAGACCUUGGAUCGGCUCCAAGGAGCAAAGGUCUUCACAAAGCUUGAUAUUAGGAACGCCUACCACAGGAUCCGGAUCCGCCCAGGCGACGAGUGGAAGACCGCCUUCCGCACUCGUUACGGCCACUUUGAGUACAAAGUGAUGCCUUUUGGCUUGGCCAACGCGCCAGCCACGUUUCAGGCCUAUAUGAACGAGACCCUCGAAGGGCUCGUUGAUACGAUAUGCGUUGUAUACCUCGACGAUAUCCUUAUUUAUUCCUCUAAAGAGGAGGAACAUACCCACCACGUACAGGAGGUCCUAGGUCGCCUACGAGAGGCGAACCUAUAUGUAAAGCUCUCAAAGUGCGAGUUCAAUACCAAACAGGUAGGCUUCCUUGGAUAUACCGUCACAACAGAAGGAGUGGCUAUGGAAGGCGACCGGGUUGCUGCGAUAGCUGAGUGGCCUACACCCAAGACCUACCGAGAGGUCCAGGUGUUUCUCGGCUUCGCCAACUUUUACCGACGCUUCAUAGAGCAGUACUCCUCUGUUGUGGCACCCUUGACUGGCCUUAUGAAGGGGGCCAAGGCCGGUAAACAGACCGGGCCCUUUGUGUGGGGAGCAAUGCAGCAGGGCGCGUUCGAUCGCCUCAAGGAGGCCUUCACCACAGCUCCCAUGUUAGUCCAUUUCGAUCCAAGCUGUAAGAUUAGACUUGAGACAGACUCCUCCGGCUUCGGGUUGGCAGGGAAUCUUUCCCAAUAUGUAGAAGAAACCCCAGAACGAAGGGGUGGGUGGCACCCAGUCGCCUUCUUCAGCAAAAAGCUGGAGCCAGCAGAGCUGAACUAUGAGGUCCACGACCAAGAGCUCUUGGCGAUCGUGAGAUCUUUCGAACAGUGGAGGCAUUACCUAGAGGGUAGCCAACACCCAAUCGAGGUCCUGACGGAUCACAACAACCUGAAAUACUUCAUGGAAACCACCGCCCUCACAAGAAGGCAGGCGCGGUGGGCGCAGGCGUUGUCAGCCUACGACUUCCAAAUAUCCUAUCGAGCUGGCAAGACCAACCCCGCAGAUGGGCCGUCUAGGAGACCAGACUAUGAGGAAGAGAAGGGUAGCCAGAACGUGAUGCUUCCUACCCUUCGAAACAAGCUCCAGAAAGCCAUACAGGCAGGAGAAGAAGCCCUGCAGAUGAGGCGGGUAGUGGCUGACUUACAAGAAGUAGGCACCACACUGGGCGAAGACCAGAGUAAGGACACCAAGAGUCCAGGUCUCGUUGUCCCUCGAGUUAUGGUGGCAGCCAUGGCUCAGGGAGAGAGCGCCUACAGUGCCACGGCCGAACCCUUAGCGGAUCUGAUCAAAACCCUUCAAGCGGCUGACGAGCUCGCUGUUCACAGGGCCAGAGAAGCAGGGCCGGCGUGGGCGAAGGGCUCUUCAGGUUGGAGAGUAGACGAUGCAGGCAUCCUACGCUUCAAGGGAGCAGCCUACGUGCCUCCCAAUCAGGCAGUACGUAUGGAAAUCUUCAAGAUUUGCCACGACGACCCUUUGGCUGGGCACUUCGGAUAUAAGAAGACCCAGGAACUGAUCCGACGGAAAUACUACUGGCCUGGAUUAGACCAGGAAGCCAGGGAGUACGUACGUGGCUGCGAUCGGUGCCAGCGGAUCAAGCCGGUACGGCAUAGACCCUACGGCGAAAUGCAAGGCCUCAGAAUGCCUACUAAGCCCUUUGAGUCCAUAAGUAUGGACUUCAUCACAGAUCUGCCGCCUAGUAUAGGAGCAGACCAAGCUAAGGCUUCAGACUCCAUUUUGGUAAUCGUAGACCGAUACACCAAGGUAUCCAAAUAUAUACCCUGCCGGAAGACCAUUACUGCCACCGAGUUGGGGCGGGUCUUCCUUGAGUAUUGGGUUAAGGACUUUGGAAUUCCUGCUGAAAUAAUUACAGACCGCGGCAGCGUAUUUACGUGCCACUUCUGGUCGGCCUUCUGUUUCCACCUCAAAGUACGGCGGAACCUAUCGACUGCCUUCCACCCUCAAUCUGACGGCCAGACGGAAAGGCAGAACCAGAAUAUUGAGGCCUACCUACGCCUACACUGCAAUCAGCACCAGGACAAUUGGGUAGAACUUCUUCACUUCGCGGAGCUUACCUACAAUAAUGCCUUCCACGAUUCCAUCCAGAUGUCGCCAAAUCAGGCUCGAUACGGUAUCAACAUCGACCUGCGGCAAGGGAUCGAGGACGACCCCAUGAGAAGGGAGGUGCCGGUUGCAAGAGACCGAGUCCAGAAGAUCCUCGACCUACGAAAGGAGCUUGAAGAGGCCUGGGCGAGAUCGAAGGAAGCCCAAGUCCGAGGAUAUAACAAGAUCCACAAGCCAAUGCAGUUCAUGGUCGGCGAACGGGUGUGGCUUUCUGCCAAGAAUAUCAGAACCACCCAGCCAAGUAGGAAGCUAGGUCACCGGUGGCUCGGACCGUAUGAGAUCACCGGGCGGAUAGGUAAACAGGCGUAUCGAUUGAGGCUUCCCCCACGGUAUAAGGCGAUUCACGACGUGUUCCACGUCUCCCUACUCGAGAGGUAUCGGGAAGGCGUUGAGAAGGCCGAUCCUCCACCAGAUCCAGAGAUCGUGGAUGGGGAAGAAGAAUACAAGGUCGAGGCAGUCCUAGACCACAGGACUGUGCGGAGGGGUAGAGGAAUCCGAGAGGAAUACCUGAUUAGGUGGGCAGGCUACACUGCAGCUGACGAUCAGUGGGUUCCAAAGCUUGACGUAGGACUACCGUUAAUCAAGGCAUAUCACAAGGAACAGACGCAGAAGGCAAUGUAGUGUAUUGUCCUAAACUAAGGGAAAAAAACAACGCGUCAAGUUCCGAAGGAGAAGGGCUCACAGACCCAGAAGCAGACCCCGACCCAGACCUAGAAGAAAUGCGCGCGUCAGACAAGGGGGCGACGACGGGGGCAGGGCGUGGAUUGAAGCGCCACUGGUCUGGACGCACAAACAAACGCUCAAAAAGAGCACGAUCGUAAUCCGCAGGCGUAGGCAGGAGAAUAGGUCCUACCGACAAGGGCGCGGAGGGCAGGACAGGCCUCACUCGAGCUACCCACAGGGUCAGCAAAACGUCCAGGAAGGAUGGGAAUCACAAACCUACGACAAACUUCAGGGCGGCGACGUGGGCGUUGAGGCCAACCUGGUAGGCGUCUAGAGCCGCAUCAGUAGCGGCGUGGAACAUAGCAGCAGCAGCCUUGAGAGCCUUGGUUUUGGCCUGAUCCAGCUCAGCAAGGGUCUCAGCGUGGUGAAGAAGGGCUUGGCGUGGGUCGUUGAGGUUGCGGACGACGGGGCCCCCAGCCUCAGGGAGAGGCGCAACAGGUUCCUCGUGGAAGGACGUAGCAGCUCUCUUACCCUUAUUCUUGACCUUCAGGGUGCGAGGCUCCUUGCCCUUAUCAGCGGUAGUGAACUCGCGUUGGGCAAAGAGGAGGGAGGCCAGAGCCUCACGGGUGGCGACCGAAUUAUGUUCCAGCCCAGCGUCCUCGUCGUCAGCGCAACAGUUCAAAUAGGCGUCGGACUUGAGCUGCAGGGCAGUGAGGGCAUCCUUCUGAUCAGGACCGACCUGCCUGGUUGUCAGCAUAUCCCACUAAGAAGGAAAAGGAGGCCUACCGGAACGCAGUGGUGGUUUCCUUGGAGACAGUCGCCGCACUUGUCCAAGCCAACAGGGACCCAGCAGAUCUGUCCAGGAUAGUUGUAAUAGGUGACUGAACACUUGACGCAGCAGUCGCGGGAGCCUGCGCGAAGGGGACCAACAGACUCUGGAACUGGGCGGCGCGCAGAAAGCUUCCACCCCAGCGCCGUACGCAUCUCCUUGGCGGCCAACUGAGCAGCGACCUCCUCCUCCUCCUCUGGAGCGUCCUCAACCGAAGGUGAUCGGUAGGGACGCACGGUGCGAGGGCGAGAGGUGGACGCAACGGAAGCAGGACCGAAGGGAGUAGGGGUGGCAGGUGACUCCAACUCGGGAGACCCAGACAUCUGGGCGGAAGAGCGCUUGAGAGGGGUGGUGACAGGCGCCACUGUCUUCUUGGGCUGCUUGCGCGGAGCCAUGAUUGACGGAACUAAUCCACAGAUCAGUCCCUGAAGACGAAGGACGGAAGGGAGGUAAAUACCUUGCGAAGAGGGAGUAAUCCUUGAAGCAAACCUUGGAAGAGGAUCAAAAGGAAGAACCCAAGAACCCAGAAGAGCGGGCACUUGGUGUGAGGUUGUGUGAGGAAAGUAGGAAGUUGGGUAGGAAGUGGGAGUUAAGCGCGAUGCCCACAACAACUGGGGGUGGCCGCGGCACAACAACAAGGGGGGUCACGGGACCCCCCUGACAGGCGCGAGUUCGAUAACAACAACCCACCCUACGCGCGAGCAAACAAGCCAAACAAGCCCAAACAAGGGCGCAAUCAGCCCUGAUCUCUAUGCCUGGAAUUGGGGGCAAUUCCCUAGAAGGGGGAGGUAAUUGUAAGGCGGCCCUCACGUGAGGGCACGUGAGGUGUCACGCUCUUACAGUGGACCUGGCGGGCUCGGUAAAUUAGGGCCUACGGGUUCCUGUAUAUAAGGGGCUGGAGGCUCGGAGUGAGGCCUCCAGUCAAUAGUCGCUGUAUAUACGUAGACCUAUUGUUACGCAUUGAAUCCUACUUCCUACCUACUGAUCUGGUUCCCUGAGCUCCCGUGUGACCCUGGGUCCUACGACUUUACAUCGGGCUUGUUCCAGUGCAAGAUCUGCCCUACUGAGUUCCAAAUUGAUAUCAGGGACUUUCUCAAAAACGGCACAGCAUUAAUACUAACUCGUGGACUUGGGCGAGGGCCCGAUUCUAUCCGAUCCGAGAUAUGCGAGCCAUAUUUCUCAUAUAUAUGAUGCUACUUGUUACCCAGACAUCUAAAAUUCGGAGCAGGAUCUAUUAGAGCUGCGUAUGAAGGAGAAAAUUUUGAUGUGCAGAAGUUAUUAACUCCGAAGGAUACACUUGAACUAUUUGAGAAUAAGCCGCUUCCAUUGUUGUGAGGUGUGCGAGUGCCCUUCCUUUUAAAUUCAAUCAGGCAUGUCAACGGUUUAGUGCGUGCAGUGUGAGGUAUUCGCACUAUCAGUGUGAGAAGCUUGCACUAUCAGUGUAGUUGGUCUGUGCUCUAGUCUGUGCUACCCCUGUGAAAAAUGAAGAUAUUUCCGCAUCUGAGCAAACCAUCCCCUUUUGCCUAUUAUGAGAACCGUGGUACCUUAACGAAAACAUGCCCAAAUCAUACAAAAUAAUGGCAGAGGAUACGCAAUAGAUCAGUAGGGUCUCUGAAACCCUUAUAUCUACUGAAUCUAUAGCAAGAAGCACUCUAUCAAAGCAGCAGUCAAGGACUUCAUGGGUUUGGCAGCAAAUGGAAGGUGGUCUAGAUGUGGUCUUGUUGGUUAACGGCGAGCUGUAUUGGCGAUGCCUACACUGCUUAGUGAGCUACAAGCAUUCAGGAGGCACUCGAUCAAUAGCAGCACACCUUACAAAGGCGCAUAACAAGAGGGAUACAAAGGUCCAACAGUGUAAGGACACAGGGCACCUGUCACGGUUCACCA